UUUCCCAAAAUAUGGAAGCAAGAAAAAGGAAAGCAACGCUUGACACAUACAAGCAACAGAAACGGAGGUCAAAUCACAAAGGACAUGACACUCCUGGCAAUAAGAUUUACAAGGAGCUGCCUGAGAGCAGAGCAGAAGAGAACCUUGACAGAGCCAUUACUUUUCAUAAGGAGGACACUAUGAUCUGUGAAGACCAGCUUAGUUGUUCUGUUUGCAUAGAUGUCUUCACCGAUCCAGUCACCACCCCAUGUGGUCACAGUUUUUGCAGAGAAUGCAUUACACACUUUUGGGACCACAAAGAGGUCUUUCUCUGUCCAUUGUGCAAGAGUGAAUUUCCAGAAAGACCUACACUCAAUCGGAACAUCGUUUUGGCAGAAAUAUCAGAGAAAAUGCAGAGUGUGAUCGGGCAACACACAUCAGUCACAUGUGACAUCUGCACUGUUGGAAAGCAGAAGGCUAUCAAGUCCUGUCUGGAGUGCCUAACAUCUUAUUGCAGUCGACAUUUGAAGGAACAUUUCAAGGAUGUCAACCACUGGAUGCACUCCUUGGAUGACCCUGACACGUUCAUGACACAACUGGCUGAUUCACAGGUCGAAAUUCAGAAGAACAUAAACAAGAGGAAGAUAAAGAUACAUGACCUGAAGCAGCAAAUGAAGUCCAUCAGAAAGGUGGCCCAUAAUGAGAAAGAGGAGAGCGAGAAGAUACUGGACAGGCUGAUACAGCAUAUCGAGAAGACUAAAGCGGAGAUGAAUCGACUCAUGAAGGAGAAGCAGAAAAGCAAACUGCAGUGGGCUAAAGCCAGCGUGAGACAGACGGAGGAGGACAUCACCCGGCUGGAGCACCGGAGCAGAAGGCUGCAGAAUCUUCUCUCAAAAGUGGACUGUGCAGCAGAGCAGGAGCCUCCCCUUGAUGUUUCUGCUGCACCUGAAGAUGAAGGUCUGCCAGCUGAUGACACAGCCCCCAACUUCCAUUUGAGCGUUUUCAGUAAGGAGUUCUCUGUGAUGGCAGAGCAUCUGCGAAUGGAGUUGGAUGAAGUAAUAGAAGGAGAACUCGACAGGAUGCGCCGCUACGCAGCUGAUGUGGUGUUGGACUCCAACACGGCACAUCCGUGGAUCGUUGUGUCUGAGGAUGGCAAAGUGCUGAGGAAUGGCGGUCACUGUCAGUCAGCCCUGAAAAAGCCAAUGGCAUUUGAAAAUGGUCCCAACGUCCUGGGCAAGGAAGGCUUCGCCACAGGCAGGCACUACUGGGAAGUGGAAGUGGGCAACAAGACUGAAUGGUACUUGGGAGUCGCCAGAGAGUCUGUAGACCGGAAGAGGAGGACCUCCCUUUGCCCCGAGGCAGGAUACUGGGUGAUAUGUCUCAAAGACGGGAACGACUUUCAGGCUCUCACUUGGCCCUCUAUGUCGCUGCCACGGCGUCUCAAGGCACAAAAGAUUGGCCUCUUUCUGGAUUAUGAUCAAGGCCAAGUCUCCUUUUACAAUGUUGAGGGCAAAUCCCACAUUUUCACUUUUAGUGAUGUCUUCACUGAAAAGGUCUACCCGUUCUUUGGUACCGCAUCCUAUCAGAAUGGCAAAAACGCAGGCCCCAUGGCAAUUUGCCGGCUAAAUGCUUCCUAUUAAAGACACAACACCUCCCUGAUAAGCAGCUGUAACGUGAUCACAUACAAAAGUGUAACUCAAAGUGCUUUACAAAUAGUAAAAGAGGACUUGCAAUCACUAAAACACAAGGCAUAAAAACAAAGUCAAUAUUGAAAUGAAAGUACACAACAUGGGCAAAGGUUUGUGGACACCUGACCUUCACGCCUAGAUGAGCUUGUUGGACGUCCUAUCUCAAAACCACGAGCGUCGUCCUGGAGGACAAAAUCAGCUUUUUGAAACUGCAGACAUUAUAUUUAAAAAAUAAACAACAAGACCCUUCAAUUUCUGUCUAUUAUAAGUUAUUAAUUUUACUCAGACAGAUGGGGAUGAACUAUAUCUUAUUCUACUGACGUAUCCAUAUAAAUUUAAAGCGACAAAUCUUAACUCUCCAUAGCUCAACAAUAUUAUCCACCUUAAUAAAAG